AUGGACUCCACACAACAGUAUAGAUUUGUUUUAGCAGGAAAAGUCAACGAUCCCAACUUCCAUAAAUGCCAAGCUGCUCUUAAAUUCUUAGAGCAGGACAACCCCAAGAAUGUAACUCUUGAAGUGAAUCAAUUCUUCGAGACUCAGUGGGAAGAAUACCUUAGAAAGAUCUAAACAGAGAAAAAGGGCAGUUUCUUCCACCACAAACAAUCACCACUUGUCUACUAUAAUGAUAACGUUUAUAUUGGAGAUCAUGAUGUAUUUCAAGACUGGGUUUUGAAUGAGUUCAGAUACUUAGAUAAAUCAAGUUAGCUUAUUUACAAGAAGAAAGCUCACGACACCUAUAAGAAUCUAAUUGAAAACUCUCCAGGAAGAAAUUAUGUGUUUGUGGAUAUCUCCAUCGAUGGAGCAGUUAACAAAGUCAUCAUUGAACUCUUUACUGAAUUCGCUCCAAACACAUGUGAAAAUUUUAGAAAGUUAUGUAACGGUGUAUUCACAAACAAAUAAGGAGAGAAGCUAACUUAUGUUGGAUCAGAGUUCCAAAGAGUAGUCAAGGGCAUGUACAUCUAAGGAGGAGAUCUCUAUAAAAAUGGAAUCAAAAAUAAUGCUUCCAUCUUUGAAGGUGAAUUUGCAGAUGAAAGUUUUCAUGUUAAGCACACUGAAAUAGGAUUAUUAGGUAUGUGCAAAAAGAAGGGUUAUUAGCACACCGCAGAAUGCCAAUUUUAUAUCACUACUGCUGCUCCUCUUAGUUUCUUAGACAAUAAAUAUGUAGUAUUUGGCAGAGUAAUUCAAGGAAUGAGAGCAUUCAAAGUUAUUGAGAAACUUGAUAUCAUUAAUGAGAGGCCAGUACAAACUGUCAAAAUAAAUGCAGCUGGUGAUUUCACUGUUUCAAAGAAGCUUACUCUAUAAAAAUUGAAAUAUCACAUUGAAACCAGAAUAAGCACAGUGAAACUCGAGCUGUCUAAUAAAGUUAAAGGCUAGCAAAAUGAGGUGGCUAGGAAAAAAGAGUUAAUAAUUUUGAAGAAAAAAGGCAUAGAGGAAAAGCAAAGAAGGAUAAUGGAGUUGAAGGUGAAAAUAGAAUAGGAGUCAAAUCAACUUUUUGAAAAGAAAACUUAGUUAGAGAAAUAUUACUCAGAUUCUGUUGAUUUCUAUUGUAACUAGGAUGCUUAAAACAUAAGAUGCUUUGAUAUUAUUCCUGAGUAUCAAAAUUACACCAUUGGUUAAAAAGAAUUCAAAAUACAAAAAGUAAACCUGCUUAAAUAACUGAAUGAAUUUAUCCUUAUUGAGAGGCUUAAUUGCCAGAAAUAAGUAGGAGAGUUUUUGAAUAUCCCUAAUGCAACUCAAACUUAUCAGAUUGAUGAGGAUUUGUACUCAACUGCUAUUGGAGCGAACAUUAAUCAAGAAAUUUCUAUAAUCUCCAAUUAUUUUGAUCAAAACGAGUCUGAUGGCUUCCAUAAUUUAGGAGGGUAGAAUGAUUUAGGAAUUCAAAAAUCUAGAAAUAUUUUGGCUCGUUCUCGUGCUAAUACUAUGGAUGAAUUCGAUAAAUUUCAAGGAGACUAGGGCACUAUAGAGGCUGAUUGCAAUAAUGAAACCAAGAAGCAAGAAAAGGAGAAUUAAAAAAUGAAAUAGAAUCCAAAGAUCAAAGAAGACUUUGCAAGUUUUAUUACACUUAAUUAAUCAGAUCUAGAUUCAAAUAACAAAUAUCUCACUCUAAAUUCCAAGUAAAGAUAAAAGGCAUUAGAAAAAUUGGAAAAGGUAAGUGGAGGUAUUCAUUUGCUAUGCCUGAUGUGUCAAGGCAUUAGCAGAAUACUAAAAGUGGCAUUGCCUUAUAAAUUAACUUUGAAAUCUAAGGGAUUUUAUGUUAAGGACAGUGGAUUAAAUAGCUACCCUUUGUAUAUGUUUGCAAUCAGCGUGGAUUAGAUAGAUACUAAACAUCAAAUUUAAUUUGAGAAUGGAAUAAUUCUUUUAGAUAAGAAUAUAUAGUACCUGCUAUACAUAAAUGGCUUUUAGCUAACAUAGAAUUCAAAUAAUAAUAAAGUACUAAAUAUCAAUGACUUAUUCAGUUUGGAAUACUUAGGACGAACCUUUUUAGUUAAGCAAAAGAAACUACCAAUAUCAAAGAAAAGAUUCAAAAAUAAUGACUCUGAUAAUAUAUAUGACCAUAAUCUUGAUCCUUACACCCGAGACAAAAAUGCGUCUAGCGACAAUAGUAUGGAAUUUGAGGAAGAUAAGUUUGAAAUACUCAAACUUUAAAACAGACAGCAAAGUGCAAAUUAAUAACUUGAGAAUCUAAGGUAGUCGGUGCACUAUGACGCUGAGCUAAUCUAGGCUGAUAUAAAGGAAGAGAUCUUAAAAAAUGAAGAGUUAAAAAUGAGAAAAAGAAAAGAGAGUGGAAAUGAAAAAGAGUGGGAUGAUGAUGAUGACUAUAAAGAUCUGAUUAAGAAAAUUCGAGGACUAGAUUUUUCAAGAUUGCUUACCGAUGAUUAUGUAUCUUGA